AAGCUCUGGUUGUCCUUCAAACCAGUCAAAUGUCGGUCAAAUAGAGAGACAUUGGUUGGUGAGAACUGGUAGUACUGUUAGAGUAGAGUUGGCAUAUAAUUCCUGUCACGAGAUCCUCCAUUCAAGUCUAAUAUUGCUUGACUCUCAAAGAAAUACAUUAUCAUUAUAUUUAAAAGUCGACCUCUCAUUUGGUUUCACCACACAAAACACUAAAUUCAUUAAUUCAUUGUUACAUCAAAUAACAAAUCGUCAAAAUGCCAAUCGACGCGGUAUCGUUUGCUAAAGAUUUCAUCGCCGGUGGUGUGUCUGCGGCCAUCUCUAAGACAGCGGUUGCGCCCAUCGAGAGAGUCAAACUGCUUCUUCAGGUACAACACGCCUCCAAACAGAUAGAGGAAAGCAAAAGAUAUAAAGGUAUUAUCGAUGCAUUCGUGCGAAUUCCCAAAGAACAGGGAAUAAUGUCAUACUGGAGGGGAAAUCUGGCGAAUGUUAUCCGAUAUUUCCCGACUCAGGCCCUCAACUUUGCAUUCAAAGACAAGUAUAAACAGGUAUUCUUGGGAGGCGUCGACAAAAAGACUCAAUUCUGGCGAUAUUUUUUGGGAAAUUUGGCUUCUGGUGGAGCAGCCGGUGCCACAUCACUAUGCUUUGUAUAUCCACUUGAUUUUGCCCGAACCCGUUUGGCCGCUGAUAUCGGCAAAACAAGCGAACGACAGUUCAAAGGUUUAGGCGAUUGUUUAGCUAAAGUGUAUAAAUCUGACGGUUUGAUUGGUCUCUACAGAGGAUUCAAUGUCUCUGUUCAAGGUAUAAUCAUCUACAGAGCGGCAUAUUUUGGUUUCUUCGACACAGCGAAGGGUAUGCUUCCGGACCCGAAAAACACACCAUUAGUGAUCUCAUGGCUUAUCGCUCAAUGUGUGACCACUGUUUCGGGUAUAAUCUCGUAUCCAUUCGAUACAGUCAGACGACGAAUGAUGAUGCAGUCGGGACUGGCGGCCAAUGAGAGGAUGUAUAAGAGUACUAUUCAUUGUUGGGGUAAAAUCGCCAAAACGGAGGGCUCGAAGGCCUUCUUUAAGGGCGCCCUCUCUAACGUAUUCAGGGGUACCGGCGGUGCGUUUGUCUUAGUACUCUAUGACGAGAUCAAAGCAUUGUUAUAAUUAGGCGUUAAUUAAAAAAAAAUAUAAACACAUAGUUAUUAAAAUCAAUUUUAAAUUAUUAAUUAAUUAAUUUAGUUUUAUUCAUCCAAUUAUCAAAAUUGUCUGAACUAUUUAAAUCAUUGACUGUGUAUAUAUGGUAUAAACAUUUUACCGGUAAUGAUAAUAAUAAAAAUAAUAAG